UCACAGAAUAAAUCAACCAAUGCAAGUGAUGUAGAAAGUCAUGUGACUAGCUUCUUCUCUGGCGAAAAAAAAAAGAAAAAUGGCGUAGAAAGUGAAUGCGAAGCCGCUGUGGGAUACUGUGAGGGAGACCCUCCUUAUCGAUUUUUUACUCAUUUUUUUCUUCUAUAGGUGGUAUAGGCAAGUAAAUAAAUGUUAAUCGGUCCAUUCCUGGUAGUUAAUGAUCAAAUUGCCAGUUAAUGCCGCGAGAUGUAGUGGAACGGCAUUCAAGUCGACACACUUGCUGUUAUAUUCCUUGAAAAAAAACACGAUUUACUGUGAUGAACCGUUUUAAACAUAAUGCUGUGUUGAAAUUAUAGCCUGUUAGAAAUUAAAAAAAAACAAACAAAAAAAAAAAAACGGUCUGGUACCGAUUAUAGCGUUCAUCUUAAAACGGUAUGUUAACGGUAUGUUACGUUUAAAUUUCAAGUGUUGUUUUCAGUGGUCAUUGUAUCAAAUAAAGACUUUCAUUUGAUACUUCACAGAAAUGGAUAAAGCGAGUCUUUUUGGUUUUAAAGCCGUUUGAACAUUGCAGUUCAGCAAACGCAACUUGCAAAUACAGUUACACAGUCACCGAUAACUGAUUUGGAGAAGAAAAAAAAAAUCCUCAAUUGGCAUAAUUAGGAAUUCUGUUAAAAAUAAUAAUAAUAAUAAUAAUAAUAAUAAUAAAACAAUGUAACAAUAAUCACAUUUGAACUUUGCUCUAUUUACAAUUAUUUUUAUCUACCCAAAUAAAACAGAAAAACCUUCAAGCAAAACACUGAAGCCAAAAAUAACAUUCAAAACAAAAAUGAUGAGGGUAAUGGUAAAUAUUACUAAUACAAUCCUAUAUAUACACAUUUAAGAAUAAAGUUUAUUUUAUUAUAUUGAAAAAAUGGUGGUAAAUUAUGUGGACCCCCCAAAAAAACACCAAUACACUUUUUGAUAGGAAAUAUCAGCUAUGUAUUGUUUUCUCUGUGUUGUCCAUCAAUAUUCCAGCUACAAUUUCUACAUACUGUAGGUGUCUCCCGAAAUUUGAAGCGACAGAUUUUGUUCUACAUUUUCUAGCAACAUGUCGACUCCCCUUGGUUUUAGGUAAAACAUUGUUUUUAGUGCAACACACAGACCAACAAUUAGCCGGGAAGUUUUCGAAGCUGCAUUUGUUCACAGUUCUUCUCGAAAAGAGGUCCCGAGUAUACCUAACCUAUUUACCGCUGAACCGUUGAGAUGGAAGAAAAAAAACUUUCUCAUCAUAGCGCGGCCAGGAAAUGAGUAAAAGCAGCCUUCAGAGAGUAAAAUGCGGAACAGGCUUCUGCCUCAUUGAAACUCUGCGUAGUUUGGGCUAGCUUGUGUGUUUUUUCUUUCUUCUUUUUUAGUUUCAAAGCAGUAUUAUCUCUGGAAUGUAUUUCGGAUUUGGAUUCUACUAGGAGCAAACAAAAAGACCAAGACCAUGCAGGGGGGGAUCUUCCGGGUGUGUGUGGUGGUGGCGGCAGCCCUCUUCUUUCAGAAGGAAAACACCACCCUUCCUGAGCAGGAGGAUGACAUAAUCCUUCAGAUGAAGGACCACGAAGAGAAACUCCAAUCCGAGAUGAUCCGUCUGGAACAAGAGGUUUCCAAGCAGGAUCUGGAGGUGCCGAAGGCAGUGGAGGAGGAGGAGGAGGAGGAGGACAACCAAGGCUUGGACUUGUGGAGCACUCUGUCCUUGAUCAUUUUCCUGAUGAUUGAGAUAUGGAGGCAGGACUUCCAAGAUGGUUCUGCUCAGGAUUCUGCUCCCAAUUCCGAGGAAGAGGACUACCUGGUCAUUGGGAAUAUCUCUCAGAAAACCACACUCCCAGACAAAGUGGUCCUGGCAAGCUUCCAUGAUAACUGCAUCCGUAUCUCUGGCAAUGACUUCUGGAAGAUGCGGGAGUUUGUGGAAGGUUUUGCAGAUGACCUUUUGGAAGCUUUGAGGAGCGUGUGCAACAGGGAUGCUGAUAUGGAAGUGGAGGACUGCAUUGGCGUUGGGAGCAUGUACGAGAACUGGAGGGUGAACAAGCCUCUGCUCUGUGAUCUGAUUGUUCCCUUUGCUCCACCGGAGCCGUAUUGUUUCCAGUUUCAGCUCUGGUGCUGCUCAGGAAAUGAUGUUCCUCCAGACAGACAGGGAUGCGGGAGGAUCAAAGUUGUAAAAGCCAACGAAGACGGUUCUGGUUGCCUGUGUGGAAAGAGCAACCUGGGGGAGGACAUGCUGUGCCUCCUCCACAGCAAGAAUGAGACGCCCAGGGCUACCGACACCACAGAGGACCUGCUGUGCUCCAAGAAUACACCCUACUUAGCAAAAGACCAAGUCAUGAAGUGGUUCCAGAUCUCCAUAACCAAAGCCUGGAAUCGAAUCUCCCACAAGUAUGAUUUUGAGCUCACGUUCCGCAACCUUGAUUCGCCAGGAGCUCUGAAGGUGAAAUUCAGGUCGGGGAAGGUCAUUAUCUUCAACAUCACUCCAGUGGUUCAGUUUGAAGACACCGAUGCCUAUUUUGUGUCGAGUUUCAACAGCAGCAGCCCUCCAGAUGUCUAUUGGUCACUCUCCUUAGCCGUCUAUGAGAAGAAUUUGCUUAAAUCCUUGGCCAAGAAGCUACCAGACAAUCCCUGCCACCUCAGCUGCCUUCAGAUCGUCUCUUUCCUGCACCGGAAACAGUCCAGUCUGACUGGAAAGAGCGGCCUCACCAACUAUCAUUUGAAAACAGCACUGCUGCACUUGCUGCUGAGCAAAGCCCCUUCAGAGUGGCAUCCAGAGCACCUGGAGAAAAGGCUGCGUGACAUCUUUCAAUUCCUGGAGAAAAGCCUCCAGGAGAAGAAGCUCUACCACGCUUUAAUUGGUAACAAACAAGUUUCGAAGGAUAUCCUCAUUCCAGCACAAUUCCAAGCUUCGGAACCACUCAACUUGUUCCGUCCACUGGUGCUACAGGGGGAACUGUAUGCCAAGACAGUGGAAUCCUUUCAUGAAAUGCUCAGAAAUGCACCUGUCCUGAUACAAGAGUAUACCACGCACUUUCCAAAUGGGCUUGUUCCUGCUUCAUCGAACACGCGUGUAUGAACUGCUGCUUUUUAAUGCAUCUGUUUUGACUGACCCUGUAUGGGGCAUGAUUUAAAAACAAAAAAUAAGUCAAGGAGAAAUCUCAAGUGACUAGUGUGUGUGUGUGUGUGUGUGUAUAUAUAUAUAUAUAUAUAUAUAUAUAUAUAUAUAUAUAUAUAUAUAUAUAUAUAAUAACAGUCAGGCUGUUUUUAUUAUUUAUUUGGUCUGCUAAAUUGUUGUUUUAUAAAAAUAAGUCAUACAGGAAAGACUUUUAAAUAUAUUUAUUUACAUUUUUCAGAUGGGUUCAAAAGGAACCUCACCUGUUUGCAUCUGGAGUGAGAACAGAGGCUGUAUGUGACAGAACCGCUUCUAAUAGCUGAAACAUGACUCGUCGAAUUAUGUUAGCGUUAAAAGAUUGUGUCUGCGAUCUAAACAAUGCUACACAGAGACCCCAAAGAAGGACAUUCUGCACUGCAGCUUUAAGUGUUUCAACACAGUGUUUUGCUAGCUUUUGUCUGAAAUUAUCCACAAGAUCAUAGUGAAAGGUAUGGAAGGAAGAGUGUGACAAUUAUUAUCAUUAUUUAUUUCUUAGCAGACAAUGAAAAAAAUGCAUUCAUGAAGUCCGGCAAUCAAAAAACAAAAUAAAACAAAAACCUCACGUUAAAGACCAAAGAACAUGAAGGUUAGUUGCAAUGAGGCUGUGUAGUCCAGUGGUUAAAGAAACGGGCUUAUAACCAGGAGGUCCCUCGUUCAAAUCCCACCUCAGCCACUGACUCAUUGUGUGACCCUGAGCAAGUCACUUAACCUCCUUGUGCUCUGUCUUUCGGGUGAGACGUUGUUGUAAGUGACUCUGCAGCUGAUGCAUAGUUCACACACCUUAGUUUCGUAUCUUGUAAAGCGCUUUGUGAUGGUGGUCCACUAUGAAAGGCGCUAUAUAAAAAUAAAUAUUGUUAUUAAUGUACCAGUAUUAAAAUGUGAAUACUUUAACCUUUUUUACACUAGCUGUAUGAAUCCACUAGAGAGAAGUAGAUAAAGAAAAGCUGGCUGUACUUUGCUUGAUAUUAAGGAAAUACGUAAAUAAAAAAAAACAAGAUAGAAAAGACACAAAUUACAAAACAUAUAUUUGUGAAGUUAAAAAUAUAAUUUCACCUGUUUCAACAAUGUUUAUGAAUGUAAAGAUGUUUAUUAUAUAUUUUUUAAAAUGCACAAUCUUUAAAGCGUCUUUACAUUUAAUAAUGGGGCCCAUCCCUAUUCUAUAGCUCUUUACUGGGGGCAGCCCUCCUGAAUUAUCUGGGUUUUAAGCAGCCUUACUGUAGUUUACUCUGUGGUCUACAUUUUAAUAAUUUACUACAAUGAGUUCCUUUUAUUUUUCCACCUGGUCGUUCGUGAGCUUGCUGGUCAAACUAAAUCAGCAUAAUUAGAGUUACAAUUGACCCGGUUUGUCCAGUUGGCUUUUGAUUCAGGAUUCAGGUCUCAUGUCAGAACUUUUUAGCAGGUUAAGAACUUACAGUAAGCUGUGGUACUGUGCUCAGUCUAUCGGUACAAGAACAGAGAUCUGCUUUAUUUGAUUGUAUCAGUGCUCGACAAUAAACAGGAAGCGAAGGCGAA